CACUGUCAUGGCGCUAGGUGGUAUUGAUAAAGCGCCAUGACAUCAUAUUGUUGGUCGUAAUGGGGAUCAAAAGUGAUAGGAGUAUCUUGAUGCAUAGGUUGUGAACUCAAUGACUCGCGAUCGUUCAACCAUGCUUACCAGCUUUGAUUCACUACAUAGGCCAUGACGCGCACUGGGAGUUACUUUCACAGUUACCAAUAUUCCUGUCUAUAUCCGGACCAAGUAUGAGGAAAACCUAACAACAACAGUAUUACGAUGGCGAAAAAGCAAAGUUCGAACAGACCAGUCCGGUUGGGUGUUCAAGACACCAGCAUCAGUCCCCAAAAAGAAGGAAGAUCUGAUCCAUCCGAAAUUAUGAAUUACAUAUAUCCACAGAAAGGUUGCAACGUAAUCGUUGGAAAUGAAAACACAGUUAUAACUUACGAAAAUGCAAAAAGAUUUUUAUCGGACGAAACAGCUCGGGGAGAAGCUAAUCUUGACCUGGACGAAGUAUUGGUUGGUCUUCUCAACAGCAUACUUAACCCAAAACUGGCAACACAUCCUUCACCAAUGCCGCAGCCGCUUCUAGAAACAGAAUUUCAGCGGUUAUACAGUAGGCAUUUUACUGCUACGACAUUCAAUGAGGUAGCAGGCAUUCCUCUGGAUUUAUUUAUCGACAAAUAUCCCGAAUCAUUUCAAAAAUACAGAAAAAAGGGAAAGGUGAUGGUACGGUCCAUGAUGCGCAAACCAUCCAACAAAAUUAAAAAAUAUAACAAAUUAAAGAGGUCUGAUUCGUUGACUUCAAGUAUUGAAACUGAAGGUUCUUUCCACACUGCAAAUGGUAAUGACAGUGAUCGGUUUUUAUCCGAAACUGAAUGCUGUGAACAAACAUCACCGUUGUCUGAUCAUGAACAAAAAGUCACAGAUAUAAAAGUUAAAUCUUCGUCAACGUCUUCAGCGGAGGAAGAGGAAGAAAGUAUAACACCACGAAAUACAGAAGUUGAAGUUGAAGAUUCGCGUGAUCGUGGUAAAUGGGAAGAAGUCGUAAGAAAAAAGAAAAAAGGAAAAUAUCACAGAACUUCGGAAAGGCCCCAGAAACAUUUUGACAGUCCACCGAGUGGUUCUUGGAAGGAACCAUUGGUCAUAACACUCGAAAAACACAAGAACACCGAAAACCGGAAAUUGUUGAAAGAGUUGUUGUCCAGGCCAGAAGGUCAGAUUUUAAAGUUUGUUUGUGAGGAUGAUUAUCGGAAAUGUCCGUUGAGAUGCAUGGUAGAUAUAGUGAGUAUGUGGAACACACCCUCUUCAAGGCCCUCCUAUAUUGUUUUAGGUGCAAUCACGGGAACGAAUAGACAGACUCUUUUACAAGGAUUGGUUUCAAAAUACAACCUUCAGUACUUUACGUCUUUUUUCGAUAGAGACAUUUUUACAACCGUUCCUCCAUUCUCCUACUUUGAAGCUAAAAUUUCCGAUAAAGCAUUCGGAGUGAUUAGCAUAUCUAACCGCGAGGGAUACAAAGCGCCGUGUAUAGUGAAAUGUUCACAAACGGAUGGCAUGCAAAGUGUCUCUAAAUCACAGCUGUGGCACCGGCCUAUGUUAGAAAACAUAGUAUGCGAACCAACGGAAGAAGCAUUCACAAGAAUAUACCGAUGGUUCAACGAUGGUUCAUCAUCUACAUCAACUUCUGACUUAGUCGCAGAAUAUGAGAGAGAAGCAGGAAAAACAAAAGCUGUAACAAAAAGUUUACCUACCAUCUACAACACAGUUCGAGAACUAGAGAGAACUAUUAAUAUAAGGAAAGAUCAUUUUGUGUUAGUGUCAGGUGACAUUUCUACUCGAUUAUCUCAUCUUGGGGCAAUAUCUCUGAUUCCAUGGAUUGCAGUUUUCGACUUAGAUAUGAACAGCAGAGACAAAGGAUUAUUACGCGCCAAUGAAAGGAUUAUUUCAAAGGACAGAUCAUUGCAAAUUACUACAUGGAAAGAGCCAGUCGCAAGCAUAGUCGAGGAGGGAACAAGGUGGUGCUUUAUUCGAGGUCGAAGAGAUGAUCCAACGAGUAAAAUUACUCCAACUGAUGACAUACGUGCAUGGUACAAAACCGUAAAAGCAUCGCUUGAUGCCCACGUGGAACAACUCAGAAAAUUUGCCAUCGGUUAUACCGUUUUAAAUGUUGUUGUGGUAUGGCCGAAUGAUGAAAGCAUCACCCCUUUCCUGCAGAAGAUGUUGUCAAAACUAGAUGAAAACAUCGAGCCACCACCAAAGAUUGUCAUGUUUAUGCCAUCACAACCCAAAACACCAACGGGACUGGCGGUGUACGAGUUACUGUGUCGCGAAUAUCAGCAAAAUCUUACAAUUUUCCAGUUAGAUUUGGAUGACAUAUUGAAUGGGUUGAACGCCUUCUUGAAACAGAAUACUCGUCCAAUGUCUAGAAGAUUUGAACUCCCCCAUUCAGAUGACUGCCCAAAUCAUGACAUAACUGAUGAAAAUGCGGCAUGGCUACGUGAAGAUUUGGAUGUCUUGUUCUUCAAAAGUCCGUACGCUAAAGUAGAUGAAGAUCUACAAGUUCUUCAAGAGGAAAAGAACAAGUUCUACCGAGGUGGUACACUUCAUUGGACAACGUGGUAUGGCUGUGAUUCCAGAUCUCUUGAUGUUCAGCGAGACAUUAAAGAAUCGUUUGCGCGGGUAAUACAAGAGCAUAUCAAAGAAAAUCGCGGAUGCCUUCUAUACCUUUACCACGAUCCUGGCUCAGGAGGGACAACACUCUCCCAAAGACUAUUGUGGGAUUUUCACACACAGGUGCCAUGUAUCCAUCUGAAAACAAGGACUUACACGUCGAUCAAAACCCUGAAGGAGAGGAUUGAUUUUCUAUAUGAGAAAACCUUUCUACCAAUUAUUCUGCUUAUAGACGGAGAGGACGAAUCAAGGGUGAAAUUUAUGUACAAAGAGUUAAAUGCUAGAAGCCCUGCCAUCAUCAUUUGCGUAAAACGCCACCCAUUCCAAGUACGUGAGAAUAAGCAUUCUCAAAAAUUGCAAGGUCACGUUUCUGUAGGAGAAGCAAAACAUCUGGCAAUGCGAUAUAUAGAACAAUGCAAAGACGACGAAACAAAGAAAAGGGAACUGAACAGACUCUAUGAUGAUGUCAAAGGAAAUAGUCCUCAUUGUCUAUAUGAGUUUGGACUGUCUGCAUUUCUUCACGAGUUUACGGGGUUAACAUCAUAUGUCGGAGGAUAUCUACAACCUCGUCGGAAUCCAUGCAGUGAAUUCAUUGGCGAAACACAAAGAAUUCUUGGCUACCUAUCCUUAGCGUACUUCUAUGGACAUACAUCAUUGCCUUGCCAAUUCUUCGCAGAACUGCUUCACAAACCAUCAAACUAUUCGGUUGACAUAGACGACUUUCCUCACCCGAUUGGACUUUUCAUUGUUCCCGAUGAUACCGAGGGUAGACGGAAGAACAUACGAACGUGUCAUUAUCUGAUCGCGAAAGAAAUUCUUGAAUAUAUUCUUGGUAGCGGCAAAAGAAACAGUGGCAACACCAGUAAUGACCUUAGCUUAUCGGCAAAGCGUAAUCUUUCACAAUUCUGUCUAGAACUGAUAGAUUAUGCUAGUAACAAGAGUUUGAAAAGUGGGGUUUCAACCGAAAUCACUGUCCAUUGCUUAACAAGAAUCUUCAUUGUUCGAGACAACAAAGAAAUGGGACAGACCUCAGAAGUGGUGCGAAGAAAACCUGUCUUGUCAAGAGUAAUGAAUGAUAUUUAUUCCAAUCCGCCAUCCUUCACUGAACGACUUCAGGUUCUAGAAAAGUUGACACAAAACUUUCCAAAUGACGCAAGCUUUUUAGCUCAUCUUGGCAGAUUCUACUCAUUCUGUCGACCAGACGAAGUCGAAAAAACCGAGGAAUGUUUCAAGAAAGCACUGGACAUGUGUACAAAGUGCAAAGAGGAAGAAAACAUUGACACAAUUGAUGAUCGGUCAAAAGCAAUACUGGUACAAAUAUACCAUAUGUAUGGAAUGGUAUUGCAAAAGCGAGUAGGUUGGUACACAGGAAAUGCUGCGCAUGAAAAGCCGGAAAAGGAGACAAAACAUGAAAAUUUCAGAGAAAGAUUAGACGAAAUACUAGAUGUAGCGAAGAAAGCCUGCAAAUUAUUUGAAAACUGCAGAAAGUUCACGGCAACUGGGCAAGAAAAUGGAUAUGGAUAUAUCGGAGAGAUAACAGUCCGCCUCCAAGUAUGUGAUUUUGUGCAACGUAACUACAGCAAUGAAAACGUUGCUUCUGUUGGAAUCAAGGGGUUCGUGUCUUCAAGUGGAAAUGGAAAAUGUAGAGCAAAGAAAUUCAUCCAAAAAAGUGCAUACGUCAUUCCCAAUUUGAUCUCGGAAUGUUACAUGAUGGUUGAAAAGGACGAUAUUGAUGCUGGGUUGAAAAAAACAAUCAUCUGGUACAAUCAUCUAUUUCAAGCAGAGAUGAUGAAUCUUGAAGGUUUAGCUGUUCACGAGGACAAUAGCUCCUACCGGUUGACAAUUGCCAUUCGAAAGCAGCGAUAUGCCAAAACGGAAGACUCUCUGACGUUGAUUGAAUCCGUCGACAAUCCUCAGGAUAUCAAGGAAAUCGUGGAAUGCUACGAGAAAAUCUUCCAAAAUUUGGCCUAUACCAACCAUGUUAGCUACAGAAAACGACGGGAAAUGGAACUAGAGUUCAUCGAAUGGUUACACGCAAUUAGACAUAGAUUAUGCUUGAAGAAGUACACUGUUGAUGAUGUUCUAAAUCGAGUGGAGAUCUGGGAUGACAAGAUACCCUCUGCGAUGUCUAUGUUUUACAUAUUCGUCCUGAAAAGUCUCCUUGGGAUCGGAUUCAUCGACCAGAAAGGGGAUACUGCCAAACUUCUCGACGCACGAACCAUGAUUAAAAAGAUGCAACAGUGUGGACGGUCAGUCUUGAAGCCAAAAUAUCCCAGAGAAUGGUUGGGGAUAUCGGGUGACGGAAUAAAGCGUCUGGUUCCAGGAACACGAUAUCUGGGAUUGUCAUCGGAAGAUCAGUCACAAAGCCACAGAGACGCACGCGUCUUUAAGGGAACCAUAACUGCUCCAAAUCGAAGGAAGGCUGCAGGUGUCAUACACCUUGACCUUGAUGACAACGAUAUUGAAGUAAGAGUGUUUUUUAUCCCAAACACGGUCAAUCUUUCAGGUUCCCAGUAUGAAGGGAAACGAGUAGAAUUUGAAUUAGCAUUCAGUCUACAGCACGGGUAUGAAGCAUUCGCUGUGAAGCAGUUGCAACAUUAUGGUUGCACCGAGUGUAGUUCAUCCGUCGAAAUAUGUAGUCGGGAAAGCAACGCUCCGUGUCCUACUUGCGGUACAAUCAUUCAGAAGGAUGAGUUCACACUUACUCAACCUAAACAAACCCGUAGUGUGUUGAACGAAAGAGUGGAGUGCUGAAGACAGAUGGAACAAUUUUCAUAAGCAUAGACAACUCCACUCGACGCAAAAGCUAGCUGGACAUUUUAUUUCUGUUAUUAUAUAGCAAUUAUAUUUGCAACGGUUCUAUUUUUAAUUAUAUUUUCGGUGUAUGCACCAUCUUGGAUAUCUACAAAUUGCGUUCCAUUAUGAAGACAUAACAAAAUCAAAAGAAUUCAGGGUUGUAACGUGAAAACCCUGAAAGGGUAAAGCUCAUACAAUGCUAGCUAGACUUAAAGCAUUUCUCCCAUUGUCCUACACAGGUAAUUAAGACAAUCCUAAGUGUAUUAUUUGAUCAUUGUUACAAUAAUAUCGUCCUCCUAAAUGCGGGCUUUGGUCAGCGUUCCUAAAUGUGGACAUUUGCGAUGUUUUCAAGCUUACAUGGACGUUAACUUGCAUCGUAUUUACGCUGCCAACGUCACCAGCAAUUCUGUAAAGUGAUUAAUGUGUAAUCGAAAUACAUUGUAGGAUUGUGAUAGUUUUUUCUAUGAAAUUAGUUGAAUUAUAUUCUUCCAUAAUAUGCAGUUAUUGUUGUACCGAGGAUCGGGAAAAAUCGUACCGAUUCCGGCCUCUAUCAUUUUUAUUUGUUUGUAAUUAUUUUACUUCAUUUUAACUAGGGUUGUCAAACCGGUCAAAGUUUUGUAGCCGGUAACUCGAACAUUCUUCCGAUCGAGUAACCGAUUAAUCGGUCAAUUUGGUAAUCAAACAAUAAACAAAGACAAUAUGUUAUAUGUUAAGCAAAUUUUCGCAAAACGUAUUUACACUUCAUGCAUAAAUGUAUAUAUUAAUAAGCAAGGUAGUUUAAUCGCGUAUUUCAAACUAAACACAGGAAAAAGUUACAUGUAACCUCAGUUAAUAUAUUCGUGGACAACAAAUGUCGGAAUACAGUUAGGUUGGAUUCAAUUACAAUUAUCUGUACUCUAAAUCAUAUGCAGUAAUAUUUUUCUUUAGAACAUAUUUGCUCGACAAACGUUUUGAUACGUGCUUGCUCAUUCGUGUGUGUACCCUUUAGAUUGUAUUAACAUUUCGCAUGUUAAAGCGAGUUCUGCCCAUGAAAGAUGAUAGUUUACAACUUUGUCUUCUGGCUUCCUUUUAAAAUCUGUUCAGGUUUUUAUGGUGCUGGUGCCAUCUCGUUGGCAAUCAUUACAAUGGAAUACAAAAACAACACUAACAUGUUAGCUUAAAAAGUUUUUUAUUGGAAAACUAUCCGAUUUCGGUCGCAUCUAUAGAUAAUGUGUAGGACAAGGUCUAAGCCAGGGAAACACGGGGCCUCAUAAAGGUAGAUAAAUAUCCCAACCCUUCGGUUUUUUUUAUUUCGGUAACCGGUUCGUGAUAUUCCGACCGAGAAACCAAGUGACCGGCUAAGCGUUGACAACCCUAAUGUUUACACCAUGAGUGGCAUAAAGUUGAAAAAUGUGGCCAAUACAGGUUUUCAGAGUAAACAUUGUCAGUUUAGACAGUUUAACAUUGUAUGAGUAUUUUAGAUAAAAAUGCUUCCCGCCGUACAAUUCCACUGAAAGUU